CGUGACGUCACUUGCUUUAUUUAUAAAUUCCAUACGACUUCCUAUUGGAUAAGAAUUACACGAUAGGAAGUGCAUAAGCCAUUAUUUCAUACCUUAUAAUAUCCGUCUAUAGGGAGAAAGCAGCCGUUUAAGUUUCGGCCAAUAUAAUUCAACCUCAAGUGAAUGUUAUUUGACUGAAUAUAUGCUUUGAUAGUGAAUAAUGCUACAUUAAUAUAGCCUACCUGUCUUUUUUUAAUGUUAAAUAUUAGAACAACCCUUGGAUUUAGGGCAGCAUUUUUUGAGUGCCUUGAGCCAUGAAAGUGAAGGUUAUUUCCAUUUUGGAGGACAACUACAUGUACUUGAUUAUAGAUGAACAAAGUACAGAAGCCAUUGCUGUAGAUCCUGCUGUACCUCACCGGCUGCUUGAGAUAGUGAAAAGAGAAGGAGUGAGACUCAUAGCAGUGUUAACUACUCACCAUCACUGGGACCAUGCACGGGGUAAUGAGGCUCUGCUGAAAGACCUCCCUGAUUUACAAGUGUAUGGAGGAGAUGACCGCAUCAUGGGACUGACCCACAAAGUUACUAAUGGCCAGGAACUCAAGUUUAACACUAUAAAUGUGAGGUGCUUGUUCACACCUUGCCAUACUUCUGGACACAUGUGCUACUUCCUGUGGGAAGACAACUGCCCUGAUUCCCCUGCAGUGUUCACUGGGGACACACUGUUUGUGGGUGGUUGUGGAAAAUUCUUUGAGGGAACGGCAGAGCAGAUGUACCACAACCUGACCGAGGUGCUGGGAACUCUGCCUCAGGACACAAAGAUCUUUUGUGGUCACGAAGACACAAUAAAGAACCUGAAGUUUGCGAUGCUGGUGGAACCAGAGAACGAGAGGGUGAAGGAGAAGCUUAGCUGGGCUCGGGCAAGAGACGACGACGACAAGCCGACAGUGCCGUCAACGUUAUUGGAGGAAUUUGAAUACAAUCCAUUCCUCCGUCUCUCUGAGGAGGGCGUGCAGAAGUUCACAGGGAAGUCAGAUCCUAUCGAGGUUCUACGUGUGCUACGAAAAGAGAAGGACAACUUCAAGAAGCCCAAAGAGCGCAUUCACCCACAGGCUAUGCUCGCUCUGGAAUGGGGUCUGGUUCGACCAAAACUCACUUAAACAGAGCAAAGCAGGGCUGCUGCAUGCUGAUGUUACUACUACUUCAGUAAUAAACAGUAGCAGUGCCAUUAUAAGGAAACAUGAUUAAG